AAAGAAAAGAAAAGAAAAAAGAAAAUUACAUUUCCAGCCCAACACCACGAUCUCCCAUCUCCUUCCUCUCUCCCGCUAUAAAACGACGGCAUGUCGCGCCGUCUCCCGCCUAUCGCCGAUCGAAGCUUACGAGCUAUCUGCUCUUCUCUCUCUCUCCGCCAUGAGGAGGAUCACGUGGCUCGCGACGGCGGCUGCGGCGCUGUGCUGCCUCGUCGCGGCGGCGAGUGCGACGGCGCAGUGCAGGUUCCCGGCCGUCUUCAACUUCGGCGACUCCAACUCCGACACCGGCGGCUUCUGGGCCGCCUUCCCGGCGCAGCAGGCGCCGUUCGGUAUGACCUAUUUCCGCCGCCCCGCCGGCCGCGCCUCCGACGGCCGCCUCGUCGUCGACUUCCUAGUGCAAGCGAUGGGGCUUCCGCUGCUGAGCCCUUACCUGCAGUCCGUCGGCUCCGGCUACCGCCACGGCGCCAACUUCGCGACGCUGGCGUCCACGGCGCUGCAGCCCAACACCUCGCUGUUCGUCACCGGCAUCAGCCCCUUCUUCCUCGCUGUCCAGCUCAACCAGAUGAAGGAGCUGAGGACCAAGGUGCUCACCUCCAAUGGCAACAACGACCAACUUCCUGCACCUGAUGUUCUGCACAAUGCUCUGUACACAAUUGACAUUGGUCAAAAUGAUCUCACCUCCAACCUGGGAUCACAGAGCAUUGAGACGGUCAAGCAAAGUCUCCCUUCAGUUGUUAGCAAGAUCUCCUCUACUGUGCAGGAAUUGUACAACAUUGGCGCUCGCAACAUUAUGGUGUUUAACAUGGCGCCUAUCGGAUGCUACCCGGCAUUCCUCACGAAACUCCCGCAUACCAGCAAUGACAUGGAUGGAUAUGGUUGCAUGAAAACCUACAACAGUGCAGUGACCUACUACAAUGAACUGCUGAACAAUAGCUUGGCCGAGGUUAGGAAGAAGCUGCAGGAUGCAUCUAUUGUGUAUCUUGACAAACACGCUGUGACGCUCGAGCUGUUUCGCCAUCCUAAAGCUCAUGGGCUGAAGUAUGGGACUAAGGCUUGCUGCGGAUAUGGUGAUGGGGCUUACAAUUUCAACCCAGAUGUGUACUGUGGAAGCAGCAAAUUGCUGAAUGGCCAAACGGUAACCGCAAAAGCUUGUGCUGAUCCACAGAACUACGUGAGCUGGGAUGGAAUCCAUGCGACAGAAGCUGCAAACAAGAUCAUAGCAUCUUCCUUGAUGAGCGGCUCAUAUUCAUAUCCACCUUUUGAUCUUUCCAAACUUUGCCACCUACAGCCCAUAGCAUAAUCACAGCACCAAUCUAGUCAUACUUAGUUGCUGAAACCAGAAUAUGACAGGAAAGCACAUCUUCUGGAAAAGAGAUGUUGUAAAUAGUAUGAAAGUCUCAGUAGUCAGUAGUACAUAAAGAGGUUUGAUAUUCAAACCUUCAACUAAGAAUAAAAUCAUGUUUAUUGUAUAUCCUACUAAUACACAGUACUACGGUACCGAGACUUGAAUUGCAGAUUUUGAGCAUUAUGAAACAGACUACAGAAGUAUAGAGUACUUGCCU